GCUACUUAAUGUCUGCGAUCUCAUCUCCGAGACAUCUUGGUUCCAGAAACGGCUGCUGGAAGAAGAAACUCUGCGACCGAAAAUCUCAACAAGAUGGCUUCAGGUCUGCACUUGACUUUGCUGCUUUGUCUGAGCUCAGGUCUCUGGAUCAGAAAAAGUCACCAGGCAGAAUCAGCUCAGAACAGCGUCUUCAGCCAGAGAGUGAUCACCUGUGAUGACAGCGAUAACGUCCAACACCUCAGCUGUGAAACAGGAGUGAUCGCUGUGCAGUCGGUUCUGUACGGACGGGAAGACAGAGAGACCUGCAGUGAGUUCAGACCCGACAACCAGCUCACCAACACCAAAUGCUCCCAGAAGGGCUCCCUGGACACGCUGAAGGCCAGAUGUGAUGGGAAGAAAGUGUGUGAAGUAAACGCCGGCGUGUUUCAUACUUCUGAUCCGUGUUACGGCAUCUAUAAAUACGUGGACACCACAUAUUCCUGUUUCCCUGCAGUCCGAACUGUGGCCUGCGAACAGUCGCUGUUGAACCUUCAGUGUGAUGAGGGGCAGAUCAUAUCUGUGAUUGGGGCUUUUUACGGACGCUCUGACCCGACCACCUGCUCUUUCCAGCGUCCUGCCGCUCAGGUCCAGAAGACCGACUGCUUGAGGCCUUCAGGCGAAGUCGCUGCCAGCUGCAAUGGAAAAACGAGCUGCUCUGUCAAAGCAAGCAACUCUGUGUUUGGAGAUCCCUGUGUGGGCACUUACAAGUACCUGGAGGUGGCCCACACCUGUGAGAAUCCUGUGAUUGAACCAGGAGCCUAAAAUCAAGAUAACACUUCAGACAUCCCUAAGCUUCUUACAUUUAAUCACAAAUGAAUUGAAUAUAUAGUUCAAGAGCUUCUGCAUGUUUUCAUCUCAUCACCCAGUUCAGUCUGAGCUGCUCUGUGUUUGACCACAGUUUGGACAGAACAUGAUUUAAGAUCUUUGCUUUUCUUUCCUUCCUUUAUCUGCAUAAAUGAAUAAAUCUACUCCAGCAUCGUG